AUGUCUACCGAGACACCCGUGGACCUCAAGAAGAAUGAGGUCCCAGCAACCGAUGCCAAGGCUACCAGCACAAACGACGAAGCUCAGAACGCUCUUUACAUUGAUCCCAAGGAUGAAGCGAGAGUUGUUAGGAAACUUGAUCUGUUCCUGACGCCGAUUCUCUUCGUCGUCUAUCUGUCCUGCUUCAUUGACAGGGCAAACAUAGGAAAUGUCAAGGUCGCUGGCAUGCCUGAAUCGAUUGGUGCCUCCCAAUCCCAGUACUCAAUCGCUGUGUCCAUUUUCUUCAUCACAUACGUCAUCAUCGAGAUCCCAUGCGUGAUUCUCGUCAAACGCUUCACGCCACGAUACAUUCUGACAUUUCUCUGCCUCGUCUGGACUGGCGCAACUAUUGCGAAUGGCUUUAUAGUCAACGUCGGUGGCCUCUACGCCUGCCGCCUGGCUCUAGGUGCCGCAGAAGGCGGUCUUUUCCCCUCGCUCAACAUGUACCUCACCUUGGUGUACAAGAGAGAUGAAAUGGCGAGGCGGGUUUCUUACCUUGUCUCCUGCGUCGCCCUGUCUGGUGCUAUCGGCGGACUGCUUGCGUACGGUCUGUUACAAAUGGACGGAGUCGGGGGACUACCGGGCUGGAGAUGGGUCUACAUCAUCGAAGGUGCCUUCAGUAUCGUCUGCGCUUUCGGAAUUUGGUUUGGUCUGCCUAGCGAUGUUCGACAAGCUUACUUCCUCAAUGAGAAGGACCGUGAGAUUAUGGAGAUCCGCCACCAGCAGAGAAUGUCAUACAUGGGAGAGGAUGUCUUCUCUUGGGAAGAAAUCAAACUGGCUGCCAGCGACCCAAAGGUCUGGCUAUGUGCCGGUACGCAAUUCUGCCAGAACAUUCUGAGCAAUGGCUUCGGCACCUUUCUCCCUGCCAUCUUGGCUGCAAUGGGCCACAGUAGACUGGCUGCUAACUACUUGACUAUCCCGGUCUAUGUUCUUGGCGCCAUCGGAUUCUUCACCUUCGCAUUCCUGUCCGACAAGUACCAAAAGUGCGGCCCUUUCAUUCUCUUCACAAACUCUCUGGGAGCUAUCGGAUACAUCCUUCUCAUCGCCGUCAGUAACAACUCUGUCAAGUACUUUGCCACCUUUGUAUGCACCAUUGCUGUCUACAACGGUACUGGCCUGAACCUUGCGUGGCUCAAUGUCAACAUGGCACCCCAGUACCGCCGGGCUACGGCCAUCGGUAUCCAGCAAACGAUCGGUAACUCGGCUGGAAUUGUCGCCGGACAGGUCUACCGUAAGUCUCCAUAUAUGCUCGGCCAUGGCUUUUCCCUCGGAUGUAUCGUCGUGGCCAACAUCCUGGUCUCUACUCAUCUUAUCUACCUCGUGAGGUCGAACAAGGAAAAGGCUGCCAUUCUGGCUGGAGAGGUAUCCGAUACUAGGAAGAAGACGACUGGUGACCGCGAUCUCGAGUUCAAGUAUCGCGUUUGA